UUUGCUACAUCCAGCAAUGCUCAAGACGAUUCGUUUGCCGGCACCUUUUUAUCAGGUUUACUGGAUUCGAUAACAAGCACGGCUGAGGUUAAAGAAUGUCCGGGCAUUUGCGUGCAUUCAUUUGCAACAAUCAUUUGCUAUGAAGUGCUUGAAGAUAUUCAAUGUCCAUCAUCGAAUAUGAAAUGUUGCGUUGAAAGUAACAAUACAGCUUCGGCCACCGCACAAAGUCAAUCACAAUCUACGACACAAAAACCGAUAAAAAUAACAACAGCUGCUCCGCCGCCCACUAGUAAACCAACGCAAAAAGCUACUGAAAAACCAACUAAAUCGGAAACAAAUAAAGAAGAUGGACUAUGCCCUGGCGUUUGUGUGGCUAAUCACAUUGCCGAGUACUGUGAAGCAUAUUUAAUAACGAAUGGUUUGUGUAAAGUUGGCUCAAAGUGUUGUGUGCCACGCGACAAUUAUCCCGAUAAGCUGCCAGCCGAUCUACGCAUUCCAAAUGGUCACAAUAAUCAAACAAUGUUAGCGAAACCAACGAAAAUCUCAGCACCGCCUACCACAAAUUCACAACAUGCACAACAACGUCCACCAAAGAUACCGAUGAAACCGAAUACAAAUCGACCAACCAAACCGGAACCUUCCCGUGAAUCGUUGGAAGGAAAUCAAGUCAGUCCCAAACCAUGCGAUGGCGAAUGUGUUAGUGGGCUAUUUGCAUUAUUCUGCGAUGGUUUAGAUGAAGAUGCAUAUUGUCCGAAUGAAGGUAGUUGCUGUAUUACAUCAGAGGGCAAUAAUUCACCGGCAACAAGUCCAAAACCUACUCAAGCGCCAAAGUGUCCAGGUUAUUGUAUGUUAGAUAUUUUGCAAGCAUUUUGCCAAGCACCAUCUAUAGUCAUUCAAAAAAGUUCAAGCUGUAAAGAAGGAUCAUUUUGUUGUGACAAUACGCGAGUCGCACCAACUCAGCGACCAAGACCGCGACCAACACCACCGCCUACUACAACAACACAUAUUCCGACCACAACACAACAGCCGGACUACAGAGAAGAAUGUCCAGGAAGUUGUAUUGUACCAUUGCUUAGCUUCACAUGUUUCCGUAAUGCUGAAAUGACGGAAUUGUUUAAAUGCCCAAAGAAAGGACAGGUGUGUUGCGCCGCCAAAUCGAAAAUUCAUGAAAUGCACGGCAUGAUACAUCGCAAUGAUACAAUCCCACCAUAUGCUCCCCAGCCCUAUCAACCGACAUAUCCACAGACCUAUCAACCAAACUAUGGGCCAAACAUUCAGAAUCCAAUUUAUCAACCAAUUCCAUCACAACCACAGCCAAUACAAAAUCCGUAUCCAGGCAGUUAUAUUCCACAACAAGUGCAACAAUCUCAACCACAUAUAGUACCACAACAACCACCACCACAGCAACAACAACAACAACCCCAUUAUACCCUUACACAACCACAGCCUGGUGCAAUUCAAUAUCCUGUUCCAGUUGCUGUCGCUCCAAACAAUAUUUAUACACAGCCGAAUGUAAACAAUGUCAUUGCACCGGUCUAUCCAACGCAAGUAUACGAAAUCGCAACGCAGCCACCGACAACGACAACUUCUACAACAACAACGGCUCGAACCCCUGUCUAUUCAAAAUAUGUCUGUGGUGUGAAAGGAACUAGCCGCACCGGUCGUAAAAUGUUUUUGGAUCGCAUUUCACCUUUGGAAAAUGAGCAAACGUUCGCAAUACGAACAAAACGUCAAAUUGUAAAGACGAACGAAGUGUUGGUGUUGGGCAGUGAAUUGGUACCCAUUCAAAUACACGCUGAUAAACUGGGCGAUUUUGCUAAGGAAAAUGAUGAUCCAAUUGAUAAUUUAGCUGAAUCGAAAGCAAUGACCUAUGAUCAUCCAAAAUUGAUUUACAAUCAAAAUUACUCAUCGUACAAUCGGCAAGCGCGGGUUGUUGGCGGUGAAGAUGGCGAAAAUGGUGAAUGGUGCUGGCAAGUUGCUUUGAUCAAUUCACUCAAUCAGUAUUUAUGCAGUGCAGCUCUGAUUGGAACACAAUGGGUGCUAACCGCCGCGCACUGUGUGACCAAUAUUGUCCGUUCGGGAGAUGCAAUUUAUGUUCGUGUUGGUGAUUUUGAUCUUACACGAAAGUAUGCCAGUCCUGGUGCACAAACGUUGCGCGUGGCAACCACAUAUAUUCAUCACAAUCACAAUAGCCAAACUCUAGAUAAUGACAUCGCACUAUUGAAAUUGAAUGGUCAAGCCGAGCUCCGAGAAGGUGUCUGUUUAGUUUGUUUACCGGCACGUGGUGUAAAUCAUGCAGCUGGAAAACGAUGCACGGUCACUGGAUAUGGGUAUAUGGGAGAGUCUGGGCCAAUUCCCUUGCGCGUACGAGAGGCUGAGUUACCGAUAGUCAGCGACACUGAAUGUAUUCGCAAAGUUAACGCGGUUACAGAGAAAAUCUUCAUUUUACCAGCAUCCAGUUUCUGUGCAGGAGGUCAAGAAGGGAAUGACGCAUGCCAAGGCGACGGUGGAGGACCAUUAGUUUGUGAAGACGACGGCUUCUUCGAAUUGGCCGGCUUAGUGAGUUGGGGCUUUGGGUGCGGUCGCCAGGACGUUCCCGGUGUUUAUGUAAAAGUCUCAUCAUUUAUAGGAUGGAUAAACCAAAUUAUUAGCGUAAAUAAUUUAUAAUUCGUAAGAAAAAAAAUAAAAUACUUCCAAUGACAGCGAAUUAAGCUUUUUUUCGACGUUGAAAUUUUUCAACAUCUCAAUUUGAAAGAGAACAAAAACGAAACAAUUUUUUAAGGUAACAAAUAUAGCUAAGACAAAGAUAACUUUAAAAAAAAACACUGUAUUGUAUAUAAUUGAUGGAUGACCCAAAUAACAAAUGUCUUCGUUGUUCAAUUUAUAAAAAAAGAAAUGUUUUGAUACUCCUAAAAUUAGUGAAUUAGUAAAUGUACAGCAUUUACCGUAUGCACAAAUACGAAUUGAUGAAAACGCUGAACAGAAUAAUGUGCUCAUCGGCAUUCACUUAUGAUUUGAACAAAAUUUAGACUAAACACUUGAAUAUGUAUACUUCUGAAAUAUUUCGUUUAAGGAAUUUAAAAAUAAAGUAAAGCGAACAAAAAUUAAA